AUGGCUCGUCUGGAACAGGUCAUAACAUCCAUUGUGGAUAUGUUUGUGGAGUAUGCUGAUGACGAUGGCAAGGCCCACAAGUUAAACAAGGAUGAGUUCAAGAUGCUGCUGGAGAAAGAAAUUCAAAACCCUGAGAUCAAAGCUAAAGUCAGUGCAGCUGAUUUUGACAAGAUGAUGGGGAGGACAGAUAAGAACCGUGAUGGUGAGGUGAACUUCAAAGAGUUCUGCAAGGUGGUAGCUUUCAUGACCAUGUGCUACUACCGCAAGAAGACAGGCAAGGCAGACGGUGAAGAAGAAGAUUAA